AUGCCUGUUGCACCCUGUAUAAGUACAGCCGCAAGCCUCACGCCCACUCAAAUUAGCGCAUCGCUAGCUCGUGUCAUCUUAAAGCAUGGCACCACCAUCCAUGCUGGCUCGCUCCCGCCAUUCCCUGGCCGUGCUGAUCUUCUGCUUGGCGCUGCUCGCCGGGGCCAACGUGACGGCCGGUGCGCGGCCGACGAUGUUUGCACCCGCGCCGGUCCCUGUGGCCGCUCGGGGCCUGGUGGAGCGGCUGGACGGGGAAGGGUCGCAGCAGUGCUGGGAGGUGCUGGUAGAGAUCAAGUCGUGCACAGGGGAGAUCAUCCUCUUCUUCCUCAACGGCGAGGCGUACUUGGGCCCCGGGUGCUGCCGCGCCAUCCGCGUCAUCGAGCAGCGCUGCUGGGCCGCCGACGCCAUGCUGUCCGUCAUUGGGUUCACCCCCGAGGAGGGGGACAUGCUCAAGGGGUACUGCGACGCGGGCGAUGACGGCGGCAGCGGCGGGCAGGGGCAGGGGCAGCAGCAGCACGACAGGACGCCGGUGGCGCCGCCUCGCCGUGAUGUGUACGACGGUGUUGCCUGCAAGAGCGUCACUCCUGUGGCGGCGAGAGAGGGCUCGGUGCACCGUUGAUAAGCUGCAGUGUGCGUCCACGUCCAGGAAGCGGUGCGGCACUCGAUCGUGAGAUAACCUCGGGUGUUUAGGAUGCCCGUUUGGUCUUCUCUGUGAUUUUGUGCAACACGAGAUGCCUGCUUGGCUUCGCCGAGAUAAAUAACAG